AAUACCAAAGAUGUCGUGUAUUGGCAAUGUUGUUAUUUAUACUAAUUGUUGACACUGCAUAGUGCAUCCAAGCAUUCGGUGCUGUAAUGACGUAAGAGAUGUCGAGCCGGUAAUUGUGUGUGGUCGUUUUGUGUAUGUCGCUUGUUUAAAUACGCCAAUGUCGGUGAUAAUAAAAAUCGCCGAAAGAUGCUGCUCGAAAUUUGCGACAACAUAAAGACUGCUGUGGAACAUGGAAGAACAGACAUAAUUAAAUCACUUUUGGAAGCAUGUGAUGAUGAUCCUGACGAAAAUGUGACAAAAGAUCGUAUUUUGAAUCAACCUUUGUUGGAAGAAGGGACGUUUCUGUGCCUAGCUACGAAGCUGCAUCGAGGUGAUGUUGUACGGACGCUGUUAUCGUGUGGAGCUGAUCCGGGUGUCCAGAACAGCCAGGGAAUGAAUGCUGUGGAUGCAGCAGUUGGCUCUCCUACUAUGAGGCACAUCUAUGUAGAAGAACUUCUUCGAGCGACAGCAAAUUCUGAGGUGGGCCGCGUGUGCCAGCUGGUGGCCGCAGGAAUCGAUGUCAAUGCGCGGGACAGUGAGGGCAGUGGGAAUGUGCCACUGCACUGGGCCGCAUGCUACGGCGACCGCGACGUCGUCGCCUGCCUGCUCGACAGAGGUGCUGACGUAAAUGCCAUGAAUUCGUUUGGUGCUACUCCUCUUCACGAUGCAAUGUUCAGAGGAGAUGAAGAUAUUGUGGAGAUGCUUUUACAAGCUGGUGCAAAUCCUCUCAUACAGGCCAUUAAAGGGAAAUUUGCAGGCAAAACAGCUUUGGACAUGGCCUCGCAGAAGCGUGUGUUAAAAGAGUUGGUUGACAGAUAUAUUCCACUUUCUUCAUCACCUGUGGAAUCCCCAUUGCCUGCAUCUGCUGGUGUCAAUGGUUUCAGCCAGCCGCCAGAGUCCGAGACAGAAGCCGACUCGUCCGGGCAGGAGCGCAGCAAGUCUGCGGAUUCCUCAGGCAGUGGGGGCAGAGCGACGGUCGGCACAAGCAACACGGAGCCCGUGCAGGUGCCUGCACCCACUAAAGUGGCGGCUGUCCACCGUCGCGGAAGCCGGCCACCGCGACCUGCCCGCCAGUCCCACGACUACUUCCCCCCGCACCCUCUUCCUCUCCCCCAUCCCCACCCGUCCUUGUCUUCUGCAGCCUCUACUCUGAGUCUCGAUCUCGAUCCACAUAUCGACCAGGCCAUCGAGAGCCUGUUGCGGACGCAUGUUGGGACAGUGCCGAUCCGGCCACUGGUGACGCACCCGGCACUGCACCUGCUGUGGCCACAGCCGGCCAGCACCCUCGAGCUGGAUGGCCCACCCUUCGUGCCUUCCAAGGACCUCGGCAUCUCUGUCAUACAGGGACCUGUAUCAGUGCAUAGGAUACUGGACGUGUGGGAGGUGAGCCGGCCGUGCUUCCUGGCAAUGGGCUACGACGCACGGAUCGGUGACGUGCAGCCGAGCUGUGGGAGCUGGACUGGCCACCGUGUCGAGUGCCUUGUCAACCCGGAGCUUUUUAGCUCUGCGGACAGCUACCAGAUACAUGUCAGCUCUGAGAAGGUGCAGGUGUGGGCAGGUGGGCUGGCGGGCCUGCACUAUGCUCUGGGCACGUUCGUGCAGCUGCUGCGGCUCGCGGGUCCUGAGGGGCAGCUGCCACCGGUGCUGGUGCGUGACCGCCCCGCCGUGGCGCACCGCGGCGUGCUGCUGGACGUCUCGCCGCAGGGUCGUGUGCCCGCACUCAACUCACUGUUCCUCAUGGUUAACCUGUGGUCUUCCAUGAAAGUGAACUACCUGCACUUGUACACCCGGCUGGUCCCCAGCAGUGAGUGGCAGCUUUGCUACAGCAGGAGCAACAUGGUGUCACUGGACCGGUACUGCCAGGACCGCUUCAUCACGGUGGUGCCGGUGCUGGACGUGGACAACAGUGCCGUCUACGACGACCUGGCCGACAUGUGGCCCAGCUUCCAGGAGAUACUCGCCAGCUUCCCCAACCUCAGGUACGUCCACGUUGGGCCCAAGCUGUGCAGCCUGCUGCUGCCGCCAGCCAAUGAGGGGACGUGCGGGGGUGACCGGGAGGGGGCGGCGCGUCAGCUGUGGCACCUGCUGUCACUACCGCCCUCUGUCACCCUCAUGCUGUGUGCCAACUCACUGCAGCCGCCCGCACCGGCACUGCCUUCCAAUGUGGUACUCGUGCAGUAUGGCUUCCAGGCCGAUUACAACUUCGUGGAUGCCGCCCAGGAUUACUACGCCAGAGGUGUAACUAUGUGCCUGUGUCCGGGAACAGCUAGUUGGAACAGCCUGGCGGGGUGUCCGGAGGCAGCAGUGUGCAACACGUAUCGGGCAGCACGCGCUGCCGUGUCGACUGGCUCCCUGGGCGUCGUGGUGGCACACUGGUCCGGUUCGCAUCACCUGACACCCCACACCUUCGGCUGGCCCGGCUUCCUCGCCGGCUGCGGACUCGCCUGGAAUCCAGAUACGCAUUGGGAUUACCUGCACAACUCGCUGCCCGACCUGCUGGACGCUCACGUCUUCCUUGACUCGGCGGGUGUAAUGGGUGCCGCAGUCGUCGGCCUGGGCCGCGCGGAGACGUACGUGACGUACGCGGGGCGCGAGCUCGGUGGCGGUGCCGAACUGGCUGACCUGCCCCCACAGGGGGGGUCGACGCUGUACCGCCUGCUCACGGACCCCGACAACGUUGCCCUGGACUGCCUCUCUGUUGACCUCUUUGCUCGCGUGACAAAGUACAUCAAGAAGUGCCAGAAUAUGUUUUUCCGUGCAAAACUGGAGUGUGAGUGUGCCGAGGUGAUCCUGCGGGAAGUGCAGCUCUCGGCCGACCUCCUGCUUACGGCCUGCAGAAUUGGGAGGACUCUCGUUACUGUAGGAAUGAACCCUAAUAGCAACAUGGGCCUGGCAGUCAUCAACCUAGGGAUAUGCAACCUGCCUCCGACAUUCCGCACGGACAUUGCUAACAAGCUGCUGGCGCACAUCGAGCAAUACAAAGGGGCGUGGCUGCAGAACCACCUGCCGGCCGGCCUGCAGGGCUCGCUGCUCGUCCUCACGUCAGCUCUGCACCGCUUCGUGCCUGACGAGACUCAGCCGUCGUAGCGGUGUGGAAUCGGGCUUUGGGUCCGACGUGACGGGCAAUGUAUGAACUCCCACCGCAAUUCCUCAGAUCGACAGUGUAAUCAUUAGAACACGGUAGUUCGAGCAGCAUCCGCCUUACGGUCAUAGUAUCAAGUACACUCGAAGGUGUCUCGACGGGUGGAAGAGUUUACUUUUGCUAUGUUGCCAUUAGGUCCAGUGUUAGUCUUUACAUUUAUUGUUUUGUACAUUGAUUUAAAUGUUUGUUCUGCAAGCAAUAUUCUGUUAAGUUUUACUACAAAGAUGUUUGUUAGCUUUAAACUAUUUUUAAGUUCUUUCCUCACUUAAGAAUUGACAGAAGUUAUUUUUUUGUGGUUACUUAAAAUAUUAUAUUUUGAGCUGCAUUAUUUUUUUGUCCAGGCUUCUUGUUAAAUACAGAAGAACAGGUUAGGGAAUAGUUCUGUAGCAAACUUUUAGGUUGCAGUUCUCUAGGAAUUUAUUUUGUAAUUUUGGAAUAAAUGUAGAAUUUUACUUGUGUUAAAAUUUUAGUGAAUGAAGAUUGGUUGUUACUAUUGUUAUAAAAUUAAUUUUUUAAGUAUUAGAUAUCUGGCACCUGUGAUUUUUAUGCAUAUACUUUGCACUGAAACAUUCUAUGUUAUGAAGAAUAUUGUUCAGAAUAUUUACAAAUUAAUUAGAGCAUUUUGUUGUGAUAUGAGGGAAGAAAGUAUUUGAAAUGAGAAUCCAAUUUCUGAGCCAAACUGAAUAGAAAACGUAAAUUUUUUGGUCGUAAGUCAUCCUGGGAAGGAAAAUCCACGUUUUCCAUUUUUGAGGUACCGAAGAGCGGAGCAGCAAUUACUCGUCAACUAGAUGACGGUUUGAUAGAAAAUGAACAAACUUGGCUAUUUUUGUAAAAAAAUACAGAAAGCACUCACUGUACUUGCCAAAAUUUAUCCUGUCCUUAAGCUGUCUGAAAUGAGUGCAGUAAUUUGAGCACCUCAGGAUGGUCUCCAUCUACACGGUCAGAAUGGCAACAAAAGCAGUCAGACUGUGCACUUUCACUGGCAGUCCAUAGAGAAUACAUCAACUUUGCGGCCAUUUGUGGUGCUCCCCCCCCCCCCCCUCCCCCCCAAAACAGUCUUCUUACAUCCAGAAGCUUGCAUCACCGUUCAGCAGCAGUAACUAGUUUCCUGUGUCUGUCCACUCAAAUUGCAUAACUGAGAAAUGGAAUAUGUUAGGUCUGAAAUGACUGGCAUGCGAGUUUUCAAUUAAAUAGAGAAAUCAUAAUGUGUGAAGACAUUUGUGUUGCUUUGUGCCUCACGCUUCUGUCACUUCCUUACACAGCCUCCUUAACCCCCACUGGCCUCUGCUUCCUAUACCGUAAUCAACUCUAGAGUGGUGGGCAGAUUGUGACAACUCGAUCAUCUGUGUAAUGUCUCAUAAAUAGUAAUUGGUGUGUCCCGACCUCAUGGUUCUCAUAAGUGACUUUAGUCAUUUAAGGAAAACUUGUUAAUAAGAAGACUGAAUAUUGAGUAUUUUAUUAUCUGUUUUCAUAUUUCAUAAUGACAUUUACAAAUAUAUUAACAUUCCAAAAUAGUGUUGUCCUUCUGUAUGUGCCCUACAUUAUAUUUAUUAGUGUUGUAGUUCAUACUGUUUAUAAUUGCUUCUGUUGAUAUUUUCUCUGAAAGGAUACAAUAGCUGAUUAAAAAAAAAAAAAUGAAUACAGUAUUGUGGAACGUGUGCACAUGUGAUGAGUCUGCACAGUGCGGGCAUACUUUGACCUCUGACCUCACAUUUUUAAGGUUUUUAUGUGAAAAUGUCAUGCCAAAUGUCAUGUAUCGCCUCUCACUAAUGUUCAUUAGCUUUUAGUCACUGUUGAAAAUGUUCCUUUGAGGAAAGAUAUAGUCUGUGCAGUUUAUUUGGUAAGAGCAAUUCCCACAAAAGGCAAGUUUCUGCAUAUAGUACGUGUUCAAUGUGGAUGUUACGUGAUGACACUUACUGUGCAACAUUCUAAAAGAAUCAUUCCAGGUACAGUUAAUUAUUAACCAUUAUACAGAUUAUCCAUGAUUAUCUUUACGGAUUCGGGAUUUUAUAACUUUAAAGAUAAAGAACAAGUGGUUUUCAACAAGUGAUAGUUAAUACAUACAGACUGAGUGAGUUAGUUAGUUGUUUUAGUUACGUUAUCCCAUGUUAAAAACCAGUUAUUAUCUGGGUUAAUUUUAUAUUGAUUAAAUCCUAAAAUUGCAAAGAGAAAUUAAUGGACACAUUGUACUUGCCCAGUUGUGUAAUUUCAUCUACAACUAAAUUCAUUUUGACAUUUUACAAUUUUUAACCUUUGCAGCCAAAUUGUUAUGUUCCCUAUAUAGAGUGUCUUGACAGCUCACACUGCUGCCUCCAACAGUUGUCGGCUACAGAGUUUGUCGCUCGCUCUGUGGGCUCUGACAGAACGGUGAAUGGAACGCACUUCAUGCUGCCCUGGUAGUCCUUUUUUGAGACAUUUGCUAGGCUGGUGCUAAUGAUGUUCCAUUCACAUUUUUGUAGGUGUCCACAAAUAAUCAAGCAAUAAAAACUUCUGAUGAACCAUAAAUUCCACCAUGAAAGCACGAAGGACCGUCUACCUCAUUUUGAAACCUUAGACAUUUUAUGAAAUAUUAGGGCUGUGAAUGAUACCUGAGAUGCUGUGUAUGUGAUUGUCAUAGGUUCAGCAGAUUGAUGUUGAACUAUGAAAAGCUUGGAUGAGAUAAUAGAUAUUUGCAUUUACAGUACAAGUUGUACAGAAUGCUGUGUAUGAAAACUUAAGACAAGUUUGUGUGCACGGUAUUAGUGGCUCAUCAUCUUUUUUUAAUAAAUAUUUAUAUCUGUAAAAAGAUCUCAGAACUAUGUGUAUAAGUGGAAGUAUCCUAAUGCAAGUAAAAUCUUCUCUUUGAAUAUUUGCUGUUGGCCACUGCAGUAUUAGAUGUGCUGUUAAUUUGUGAAAUCACACACAAACUUUGUCUUUGAUAAAGAGAGUUGUUUGUUUCUUUAAAGACUGCCUGAAAUUAGUGUAGUACAGUCUCAUCUAAAGAAAAAUUUGCUAAUGUUGUCAAGUCACUGUUCAUAAAUUUUAAUCAUGUUUACUUUAUUUGGGGCACUUGUUGUCACAUUGAAUCACUACAACAAAUAAUACAACAUUGUCUGUAUGGUCGAAAGAAAAGCAAUGGUGGGGAAAAAAUGGACUGUUUUCAAAAUUCGGUAGUUGUAUUGACAUUAGGAAUGAGACAAUAAUGUGAAAUGCCGUGUCCAAAAUGUACAAUUGAGUGGAAGAUACAGUAUUAUCAGGAGAAAUAGUACGAUGGCAGAGACUGAAAUAGGCUAUAGAAUGAAGUAGGCCUUUCUGCGCAUUUUCCGUGUCUUAAGUGAAGUGUGAAAGUGACAUUUAAUUUACAGAGUUCUCUCUCUCUCUCUCAAUUUCUCACACAUUGUAUUUCAUUAUUUCGUCUGCCACAGUCAGUGGGUAUUUUCUAAUUUUUAUUUCUCUUGCAGUAACCCUAAUUGCACAUUAAUAACAGUAAAGACCUUAGGGAAGCAGAGUGGUCUUUGUGCAAUACUACCAGAUAUUUGGCUAAUUUGCCUUAGAAGUGCAGCUCUUUUGUCCUACUGUCCACACUAUAUUUUUGUCUCAAAAUUUUGGCCUAGCUCUUUUAAGACUAUUUCAGUAAACAUCUUUAGCCCUGUUUUAAGUUUUUGUUAAGGUGACAAGUUUGACAGUGUCCCACUGCUCUUCCCCUUUGGCCAUCUUCCCCUUUGGCCAUCUUCCCCUUUGGCCAUCUUCCCCUUUGGCCAUCUUCCCCUUUGGCCAUCUUCCCCUUUGGCCAUCUUCCCCUUUGGCCAUCUUCCCCUUUGGCCAUCUUCCCCUUUGGCCAUCUUCCCCUUUGGCCAUCUUCCCCUUUGGCCAUCUUCCCCUUUGGCCAUCUUCCCCUUUGGCCAUCUUCCCCUUUGGCCAUCUUCCCCUUUGGCCAUCUUCCCCUUUGGCCAUCUUCCCCUUUGGCCAUCUUCCCCUUUGGCCAUCUUCCCCUUUGGCCAUCUUCCCCUUUGGCCAUCUUCCCCUUUGGCCAUCUUCCCCUUUGGCCAUCUUCCCCUUUGAACACAUUAGGUCCUGAAAGUUCAGAUUUUUACAUUCUCAGACUACUGCACAUUUUCGGAAUCGUAACACCAUUCUGUGACCUACAGUAGAUGUGGAUGUUGAAACCUUUUGAUUGCCGUGGGAGUGCUAUUUGAAUAUGGCAGGAUAGAACAGAUGAGAACUUAUGUAACAGAUAAAUUAAGAGAGGCACACAGGAACAGAAAGAUGAGGUAAUCAUUUACAGCUUUCAUACAUCCAUUUUUCUUCCACCUCUGAUAAAAAGCAUGUAGAGACAUGCAUUUCCAUUGUGGAAAUAGACUGAUGCAGUAAUAGACAUUAAUUGCAUUAUUAUUUUAUUAGUUAAUAAAAUAUGAUAUUCUUUUGAAGCAUACAAAUUGUUCCUUUUUCUGUGAAAUUAUUUCAAUCACACAUACUUGUGAUGUGUUAUUUAGCUGUCCUUUAUUUUAAUGGAAGUAUCCAACUCUUCACAUUUUGUCAUUUUCCUGUUGUUGUUUUAUUAUCUAUCGGCACAAAAAAUUAUCACUUCAGGUACUGAAUAUCUAAGCAACCCCUCCCCCUGUAAUUGUGUUUCUCUGGCAAAUGUGGCAGGCCUUACAGUUUUAUAAAUUACCCAAAGAUAGUCCUCUCUUUGAGAUUUACGUAUAAGGUUCCCAGAAAGUCAGUGGAUGACACUUAUCAGAUUUCUAAAUCUUGAGAGGAAUGCAGGUUUAAAAAUCAUUUUGGCAACAGUCAAACUAACAUUGUGUUUUGAUUGACAUAUUUACUGAGUUCAUUUGAGAUAUUUCUAAAUAACAAAUACCCCAGUUUUCGUUGCAACUAACGAGUUGUCUGUUUUCUGUUUGGCAACUUCCAAAAUACCACUGGAGGAUAUUAAAAAAAAAGUUAUAUGUGGAUCAUUGGACGGUGCACAGUACUUUUCUCAGAUUUCCUGUAGAUCAUAGCAGUGUUACACUAGUGAAACUGAAUGCCCGAACUAAAUUCAUAGUCUGUUUAAAACAAAAUAGUUAAACACCUUUGGUCAAAUUAAGAUGAGUGAGAAUUCUGCUUAUUACAAAAAGUAGUGGCAGCAAUCAUUAUUAAGUAAAACCAUUGUGCAUGGAAAGUUCUGUCCUCCCUUUUUCAAAUCACGAAUUGAGCAGCUUAAAAACGACCAUACAUUCAGGAUGGGAUGUGAAGUGUCCUUCCUCUGCCGGUUCUGCCAGGCACUUAAGUGCGAGCAUCGUGGCUCCACGGAACAUUGUGAAGACUCAUGGGGAACGGUGUGGUGAUUUCCGUCUUCACAUGACAUUGGCAGUCGAUGAACAAUAGUAUUUAUCAUCUGAUAAAAAACUGACCAGAAAUGAACUGCCUAAAAGAAUAGGAACUAGUAGCAAUUGGUCUUACACUUUUUACCCAUUAAAAAUAUGCUUUGUCUAAUUUAUGAGUCUUUUAUUACAGUUGUAGACAUAUUUAUAAAUUUUACUGUUUGUGUGUAUGUUAUGAUGAGAAUGAAUAAAGAAACUUUACAAAAUAUUAAUAUAGAAAUAACUUUUGGAAGCUCGUCAUGGAUAAGAAGAGUAAGAUCAAUUCUCGGUCACUUCUUGUAAAUUUUUGACCGUCGUCAGGUCCACUGUCGUUAGACUGCCACGUGUCUCUUGUCGUACAGUGAUCCUCUUCCAUUUCCUGUUUCGACAUAUCUCUCAUGGCAGAUUUUUUUCCCUCCCACCGCAUUUUCUUUUAAAGCCAAUAACAGUAGAAAAUAUAUGUUUUUCUUUACAUUAUACAUUGUUCUUCUGUACAGUUUUGAAACAAAGAAAUGGGAUCAGUUUUAUCAUCUCGUAACAAUAUUGUGUGAACAAAUCUUUUACGAUCAUAGUAUUUUCAAUAAAUAAAGAACACUUUUCAUUUGAAUUUCUUUGUUAAUGCAAUAUAUUUUAUGAAUAAGUUUCAUUUUAAUGUAGUGAUACUUAAUUUUCAUUUUUGGUUAGGUUGUAUGUUGCCAUCUGUUAUGAAAGAUGUAUGGUAAUUACAAUCAGUAAGACUGAGGAAGUGAGGAUUCAAGAAGUCUACUAGCCUGUGCAGUGUUGGUAGUGUUUCAUGCAUAGAAGCGGCAUUUUGGCAAUAUCGUGAACCAGUCUUUCUGUUAAGUUUAGAUAUUUGUACAUCAGAAUAUGAUUAGCUUAUUUGAAUUACAUUUUGUUGUACCUGAA